GGGCUCACUGUGCUUCGACCUUGACCCCUGCUGAAGCCACCUGGGAACAUUUGAGAGAGCCCUGUGUCCUCCCACAACAGGCUGGCAGCAACCUCCCUGGCCCCACCCUGUCAGACCUGUUCUCCAUUCCCACCCUUUCCCAAGGCCCAAGCACUUUCCACCCACAAAGCUAAGAAAGAGAGUGAAUCUGUCAGGGAAGGCUGGCAGGCAGAGGGCUGGAGCAAAGGGGAGCUAUGGAAGCUUCCGGAGAGCCUGUGCUCUAUCACAAGCUGCAGAUCUGGGAGCCUGGCGCUGAGUCAGAAGAGGAGGAAGAGGAAGAGAUAUUGGAACUGCUGUUCUCCAACCCCAGGAGACCCCAGGACAUCCCUGGGAACAAGGCUGGUGGGUUGCCCGGAGCCUGGGCCCGAGUGGGAGCAGCCCUGGUACUGCUGGCUGUUAGCUGUUUCCUGGCUGUGAGACAACUGCAAAGCAGGGGCUACUCUGCUGGAAGCUGGGGCUCCCUGGCUCCCCCAGUAAGCAGCCACAGGCAUCGCCCUGGCGUGUUCCACCACAGCGCCAUCAUCAGCCUCUCAGGUCUGUGCUGGGGAAACAGAGGGCAGAGCGGGGUCCGCUGUCCAGCCCCUCCCCAUGACGGGCCCUUCCUUCCUGCAGCUACCUGCUCCCACCUGGGCCAAGAGCUGCUUGUGGCUGGGGGGAAUGUCGUGGACGCUGGCGUCGGAGCAGCUUUGUGCCUGGCAGUGGUGCACCCUCACGUCACAGGGCUAGGUGCCACAUUUUGGGGACUCUUCUACAAUAGCUCAUCAGGAAAUUCAACUGCCCUGACUGCAGGCCCAGCCCAGACCCUGGCCCUUGGCCUGGAGCUGCCUGGGGCUCUGCCUGCCCUGCACCUGCUCCACACACGCUUUGGCUGCCUGCCCUGGUCACGCCUGCUGGUGGGCCCUACCUUACUAGCUCAAGAGGGCUUCGAGGUGGACGCACCCCUAGCCAGUGCUCUGGCAGCCCAGGGCACAAGGGGGCUCUGCCCGCUGCUCUGCCAUGCCGAUGGGACUCCCCUGGGCCUUGGGAUGCAAGCCACCAACCCCCAACUGGCAGCUGUGCUACGCAGAGCAGCGCUCGCCCCCAACCCGGACCUCACUGGCAAAGCCUUACUGGGUCUGCUGGCUAAAGACCUAGGACUGGAGGAGCCCUUAGCUUGGCCCAGGCCCAGCUUGGAGCCAGCGCUGCAGCUUUCUGUGCCCCAGGGCAUCCUCUUCACCACCCCUAGCCCCUCUGCUGGCCCAGAGCUGCUGGCCCAGCUGGAGGCUGCCCUGCCCGCUGGCACGCCCAGCCCUGCCCCCUGUCCGCAGCCCCUGCCAAUGGACCCAGCGAGCAGCAUCCUGGCCACCGUGGACAGUGGUGGCUCCACACUCCUGCUCACCUCCUCACUCCACAGCGCCUUUGGUGCUCGGUACUUGUCCCCAAGCACUGGGGUUCUGCUCAGGAAGCUAGUGGCAGGGCCUGCACACAGCGCCUGGGCAUGCCCCCUUGUUCUCCGUGGCGGCCUGGAUGACCCAGAGGCUGAUGUGGUAGGACUGGUGGCUUCAGGGACCCCUAAAGGGGCCACCGCCAUGACUCAUGCCUUGCUCAGCCAUCUUUCGGAGCCCCAAACCCAGCACCAACAUCAGGUCCAACAAGAACCGACAGAAAACCCCAGCCCGUGUGGCCACAUGACCCUGCUGCAGGCAACGGCCCAUGCGGAGCACGCCCAUGUCUCCAGCGUCCCCAGGGGCUGCUGCCCCUUCCAGGGAUUCUAAUGGAAAGGCAGGAGGUCAGCCGGAGACAGCAUGAUCUUGAGCUUGAGGGCAAGAGUGCUGCACUGGAAUGGAAUGCAUAAGGAGCCUAGGUGCUUGCUGCUGGAUCAGCCCUAACCUGGACCCUGAUCAAUUCCUGGACUUUAGUUCCAGCAUCCACGCCUAGCUCAAUUCUGCUUGACAGCACAUGUCUAUCCAAUGAAUGGAAUUUCUGCUUCUUCUAUCAGCUAAGCUGGAGGAUAGAAAGCAAAGAGCAGUGGGCCUGGGGCUAGGCUUGAGUUUAGAUCCACUUUAGGAAGGACAAACAGGAGAAUGCCAAGUCCCUGUUUGGAUUCUGGACUAUGGAGAGCAAGGUGGGCAGUUCCCCAUUUCCUGUUGGCCAUACUCUUAACUGAAAUGGAAUAAAAAAUGAAGACUAAGUCUGAUGGA